AAGUCAACCAGUCGAGUGCGUAGGAAAACACGUGGUUGGUCUCUUCUGAUGCUGGUUGUGAAAACUUUAUAAAAGGCCAUUCCUGUGCUGCAGACCUGUCGCGCGAUCCCCUCUGUCCUGCAAACUCGCUCCAUUGUCGGUCUCCGCCUCUCACUCAAAAAAAAUGGCUCACCCAAAAGAAGUCGGCAGCUACAAGCUGGGUAAGCUCAUCAUCGAGGGUAAGACGAAGCAAGUCUUCGACCUUCCAGAGCAGCCUGGACACUGCCUGUUGCUCAACAAGGACCGCAUCACCGCCGGCGAUGGUGUCAAGGCCCACGACAUGGAGGGCAAGGCCGCCAUCUCCAACCAGACCAAUGCUAAAGUCUUCGAAAUCCUCAAGGCUGCUGGCCUCAAAACUGCUUUCGUCAAGAUGGCAUCCCCGACUGCCUUCCUCUCGAAGAAAUGCGACAUGAUCCCAAUUGAAUGGGUGACUCGUCGCUUGGCCACUGGCUCCUUCCUCAAGCGCAACCCUGGCGUGCCAGAAGGAUUCCGCUUCACACCGCCCAAGCAGGAGACCUUCUUCAAGGACGAUGCCAACCAUGACCCUCAGUGGUCUGAGGAGCAGAUCGUUUCUGCCAAGUUCAAGAUCAACGGGCUUGAAAUCGGUCAGGACGAGGUGGACUACAUGAGGCGAUCCACGAUCCUGGUCUUCGAGAUCCUUGAGAAGGCAUGGGCGCUCCGCGACUGCGCGCUUAUAGACAUGAAGAUCGAGUUUGGAGUUGAUACUGAGGGUAACAUACUCUUGGCUGACGUCAUUGACUCCGACUCCUGGCGACUGUGGCCCUCGGGAGACAAGCGUCUUAUGGUGGACAAGCAGGUAUACAGAAACCUAGCGAACGUAACUGCGGCGGACCUGGACACUGUGAAGCGCAACUUCUCCUGGGUGAAGGACCAACUGGACCAUCUGAAGCCCACCGUGCACCACAAGGUUGUCGUCUUCAUGGGCUCGCCUGCCGAUCAGGAGCAUUGCCAGAAGAUCGCUAAAGCUGCCAGCGACCUUGGCCUGGACGUGGACCUCCGCGUGACGUCAGCUCACAAAGCAACCGAAGAGACACUACGUAUCAUGCAACAGUACGAAGACACUCACGGAGCGCUGGUGUUCAUCGCCGUCGCGGGCCGCUCCAACGGCCUCGGGCCUGUGCUGUCUGGCAACACUUCCUACCCCGUCAUCAACUGCCCACCGCCUUCCGAUAAACUUGUCCAGGACAUCUGGUCGUCACUAUCCGUGCCAUCCGGGCUUGGUUGCGCCACCGUGAUCUACCCGGACAGCGCCGCCCUAAUGGCUGCACAAAUCAUCGGUCUGCAGGACUACCUCGUCUGGGCCCGCCUCCGCGUCAAGCAACUAGAAAUGGCCGCCUCACUCAGAAAAGCCGACCAGAAGCUCAGAAACCUGAAAUUCUAGAAACUCUUUUUGAAUGCUUUAUUUUUUUAUAAUUAUAAGUAUUAAGAGUUAAGCUUUUAUGUUGUUAUUGUAUUAUGUGCUAUACGCAAUCUCGACUUUACAGUGCCAAUGCACCAUUACAUUUUAGCUGUACAUUCCGUUAAAUAAAACUGUGUUUUGUAUUUUA